AUGGAUAUUAGAGCAACACCAGUACCAGGAAAUAGUCACACAAAUGACUCUUCAACUAGACUCCUACAGGUACCAAACGGAACUACAUAUGAGUCCAGAACAACUACUCCAGAAGGAGCAGGAAGUGUACAAUGUAAAAUAUGCUCUGGAACACUUGGACAACAUGAAUACUGGGACUGUCCAAACGCAAUAUGUAAUAAAUGCAGAAAGACAGGACAUACACACCGAAACUGCCCACAUGCUCCAUUAUUAAAAAAUGGAAGUUGGUAUGAUAAUUUAAAUGAGAACAAAGAGUAUCAAUGUGAAUAUUGUCUUAUGAAAGGACAUAAACGAUAUCAAUGCAAAGAAUUAUCAUUGGAUAAAGCAAAUGAAUAUAAUGGUUGUGGAUGUGAUCCAAAAGAAGUAAAUGCAACAAGAAUGAACCAUUUAAUCAACCCAAACUCUUUAACAUCAAAAUCAAAAAAGAAUCAUUGUUGCAGCUGUAAAAUACCAUUUACAAGAAAUAAUUUAAUAGGAAUACAAAGAAGAAAUAAUAGAAUUCGAUUGGAAUGUGAAGAAUGUGCAUAUGAAUAUGUAAGAUACUUCCGACAAAAUGAACCUCAGAAAAAACAAGUAAUGGAAUGGUUAGGACAUAAAGGAAAGUUAAUCGAAUGUUACCUUUGCAAAAAGAAAGGAACAAAAAGAGAAUUUGCAAAUUAUGGAAAUAUAUUCUUUU